CUUCGAUAACCCGGAGAUGGAGAGCCUACACAAGCAUGUGUGGCGUGCUGAUCUCUCCAAAGCCGAGCUCGAGGCUUUGCUGUACAUCACCGAUCUAAAGCUUAAGGCGUCCAUCAAGGAGCAGAUGAAGGCGCAUACCAAGGAGCUGGAGAAGCUGAAGAAGAAGCGCGAUGCAUGGUUCUACGUACCCGCUCACGAUGACGAGGGUGAUAUCAGAGGAGACAUCUGCAUGAAGGUGAUGGAGAGAUGGGGCCACGAGAAGAUGGUGGAGGAGAUGACGGGCAAAAAGCCGGAUGAGGGUGUAAGGCGUUAGAUAUUGGCAGCCCUUCAUUGGCAUAGCACGGCGUGAGCGUGAUAAAAUCGCUACGAGCACUCAUGAUGUGAUGAUCAGGAUGUGGGGAACAGCUGCAGAUAGCCAG